AUGAGCCUAAUAUUCACAUUACUUUUUCUUACUGUUGCUGCUUUCCAUGUGCAGUUCGUUCAUACAUUCAUUUGGCGAUUCAAUGAAGGAUUAGAUGAGCCAGUAACAAUGUCACGUAAUCUACGAGCCAAAGAAAUUUCACCACCCAGUUAUAUGAAACGCUUCGAACGUGAACCAAACGAACAGCUGUUGCGACAUAUUUGGUUAAAUAUUUUACAACCGAAAAUGCUGAGGCGUCACGAUUUGUCGCAACCAUUAUUUUAUUUGCCUUUGUGGAAAGAACAUUAA